AUGGAGAUCAGCUGGUUUAAGGGGACAGACUGUAUUUACCAGUAUAAGAAUGGAGAGCUGAGAGAUGUUCAGAGGACUGAUGGAGGAGAGUACAGGUGUGAGGUCAUCUAUGGAGAGGAGAAGAAGGUGACAUUACAUACUCACCUGAUUGUCAGACACAAACUGACACUAGUUGACAAACCAGUGCAUCGAAGGCGUAUUUCGUCCUCCUCCUACCAGCCUAAACUGCAGAGGGCACCUGUGGGUGAAGAUGUCACUCUGUCCUGUUACCUGUCCCCUGAAACCAGUGCUGUUACCAUGGAGAUCAGGUGGUUUAAGGGGACAGACUGUAUUUACCAGUAUAAGAAUGGAGAGGUGAGAGAGGGGAGGGGCUAUGAGGGCAGAGUGAGUCUGAUCAUGGAGGAACUCCAGAGAGGAAACGUGUCUCUGACACUGAGAGAUGUUCAGUGGACUGAUGGAGGAGAGUACAGGUGUGAGGUCAUCAGCGGAGAGGAGAAGCUGACAUUUACAGCUUUACUGUGUUUAAGCUCUCUUCAACUCAUCCCUGGGCCAGAGAUUAAGAAGACCAACACAUUUACAUUAAAUUUUGUGCGUGGAUUUGUGGGUAAGGACGUCAUUAUUCCCUAUCAUCUGUCUCCUGAAACCAGUGCUGUUACCAUGGAGAUCAGGUGGUUUAGGGGGACAGAGUGUAUUUACAAGUAUGAGAAUGGAGAGGUGAGAGAGGGGAGGGGCUAUGAGGGCAGAGUGAGUCUGAUCAUGGAGGAACUCCAGAGAGGAAACGUGUCUCUGACACUGAGAGACUUUCAGGAGACUGAUACAGAAGUGUACAAUUGUGAGGUCAUCUAUGAAGGGGACAAGAAGCUAACAUCCAAAACUCACCUGUAUGUCUUUGUGGGAGGAGAAAGGCCCAGUUUAAACCUGCCAGUAUCUCCUGAGCUGAGGCUGGUGCUACUGGGGCUGAGUGAGACAGUGAAGUGGGCAGCAGGAAACACCAUCCUGGGCAGAGAGGAGUUUGGGAUCCAGGCUGCUACAUCCACAGAGACCCAGCACAGCGAGAGCAGACAGGGGGAGGUGGCUGGGAGACAGCUGGUGGUGGUGGACACUCCUGACUGGUUGAGUCCUGGACUCUCUCAGGAGGAGAUGAGGAAGGACGUGGGGCUCUGUGUCCGUCUGUCUGCCCCAGGACCCCACACCUUCCUCCUGGUCUAUCCACUGGAACCAUCUGAGGGAGAGGAGAGUGAGCUGCUGGAGAAAUUGGAGGACAUUUUUGGGGACAAAUGUUGGGGACACACAAUGAUCCUCUUCAUAAAUACUGAAGGGUUAAGGGAGAUUAAUCUAGAGGAGGUGAUCCAGAUGAAAAGUCAUGGGUUUCAGCAGCUGAUGGAGAAAUGUGGAAACAGGUGUCACCUCCUGAAUGUUAAGAACAGGGAUGAAACUGAGGUCACAGAACUGCUACAGAAGAUUGAAGAAAUGGUGUCAAAAAACCAAGAGAAGUUCUACAGCAGUGAUGUUUACCAAGAAGCAGUAGAGAGAGUUACGGAAAUUAAUAUAUUCAUUGAAAAAGAGAAGAAAAAUAGGAGAGAGAAGGAGGAGAAAGAGUUGGAGAGGAAACAUGAGAUGGAUAAACAGGAUUAUGUCAUAAAAAUGGAGCAACAGAAUAAGGAAAAAGAUGAAAAGAUUAGUGAACUCGAAAAAAGGAUAGCUGAGCUGGAAAAAGAGCUUGAGAAUGAGAAGAAUGAGAAUAGAAAGAAAGAGUUGGAGAAGCAACUGGAAGAAGAGAAAGAAAGGAGAAGAGAGAUAGAAAGGGAGAGAGAGAAGCUGAGAAAGGAUAUGGAGAGAGAGAUAAGAGAAAAAGAGGACAUACACAAAGAGGAGUUGGAGGAGAUCAGAGAGAAAUAUGAGAUGGAGGCCAAAGCUGAAGCUGAGAGAAACCUUAUGAAGAUUAUUCUGCCAGAACUGCAGAGCAAACUUAUAUCCUCUCUUAAAAAGCUACAGAGUGAAUUUAACAUAAAGACAGAGGAAAAAGAUGAAGAAAUGAAGAGAAUGAUGCAGAUACUAGAGGAGAAAGAGAGAAGGAUGGAGAGAGUUAAGUACAUACUAGAGGAAAAGGACAGAGAGAUGGAGACAAUGAAGGAAAAACUUGAUGAAGCGAUGAAGAGACUACAGAUGACCAAGGAAAUAGUGAGAAUGAGGCAGGAUUUACACAGUCUGAGCCGUGGAGAGACAAGUAAAGAAGCAGAGAGGCUGAAACAGGGACUUGACCACCUCACAGACACCAGCACCCAGCUGGAGGAGAUCUACAAGAAAUAG